AUGAUUAAUGGAGCAUCAAUGAUGGACUAUCGGACUCAAUUAACGGGGCCUCUCUUUGAUCAGGGGAAUCACAAAGCAUUUGUUCCGAUGUUGGUUUUCUUAUUGUGGCAAAUAUGGAAAUCUAGGAACUCUCUCACCUUCAGAAAUGAAUCAACAAACUUUCAAGGAGUGAUCUCUGUAGCUCUACACAGUAUGGAAGAUUUCUCUAAUGCUCAUUCUCUCCCAAAUCCCUCGGAUCAUCUCAUUACAGAAUCUCCACAACAAUGGAACCCCACCCCACACAACCCCGCUCCUCCUGAUAUGAUAAAGAUUAACUUUGAUGGAGCAACUACUGAACACCUUAAAAUUGGAGCAUAUGCAGCAGUAGCAAAAGAUCAUACAGGCACCAUUUGUGGCUGGUCUUGCAACCGUCUCCCAGCUAUCUAUGAUCCUCUGACCUGUGAAGCUAUUGCGUGCAAGGAAAAAAUCCUUCUAGCCAAGGCAAAGGGUUUUUCUCAAAUUAUCAUUGAAGGGGACUCUCUCCAAGUUACCCGAUCCUUGCAAGGUUGA